CGACGCUCACCCCGUGCACACAGAGGCGCCGAGGCACAGAGGAGCUAAAAUGGCUGAACCAGAGGCGAGCGAGCUAACUUCUGUUGGCAUUUUCCAGGAGAUCUUCACCUCCCCGCUGAACCUGACCCUGCUCAGCCUCUGCCUGUUCCUGCUCUACAAGAUCUUCCGCGGGGACACACCGCCGGAUGUCGGGGAGGUGGAGCCGCAGCUGCCGAAGCUGAAGAAGCAGGACUUCACCCUGGCGGAUCUGAAGCCCUACGAUGGGCAGCAGGACCCGAGGAUCCUCAUGGCCGUCAACGGGAAAGUGUUCGACGUGACGCGGGGGAAGAAGUUUUACGGGCCAGAGGGGCCCUACGGCGUGUUUGCUGGAAGAGAUGCAUCGAGAGGGCUGGCUACGUUCUGCCUGGAGAAGGACGCCCUGAAGGACGAACACGACGACCUGUCCGACCUGAACGCCAUGCAGACGGAGAGCCUGGCUGAGUGGGAGGCCCAGUUCACAUUUAAGUAUGACUACAUCGGCAAGCUCCUGAAACCAGGAGAGGACCCCGCAGAGUACACAGACGACGAGGACGGAAAAGACAAGAAGACGGACUAAGACAAACAGAUGUGACCAAGGGGGAGAGAUGAUAGAUGACUUAAUGUUUGUAAUUCAAUGCUGGUUGCUUCCUGUUGGGGCCAUUCAGAGAGAACGAUAUGCAUUCUAGUGUUUUUGGAUAACGACAAUCCUGGAUUUGAUAUGCCGGCUCCGUUCAUCUCCAUUUUAAGUUAUGUGAAGGUUUGAUGGCAUUAACAGUUAAGCGUACUGCAUUCUGUUGUAGAAAUGAGCAGCGCUGUCAGAGCUCAGAUAAGUUCAUGUAAAUAUGAAGCUGCUGAUGGUUAAUUGUUCGGCAGGUUGAAGUUAGUUGGUCUCAAGUAAGAGUUCUGCUUUGUUCGGCUCACGUCAGUAACAGCCCUUCACAUCAGUUUCAUCAUCCCCCAUCCACAGCUUUGAUGUACACUUUAAUAUGGCUGCUGUUCUGUUGCAGGUUGUACAAAUUCCUCGCAUCCUUUCAUUCAUCUGACUCAGUUUGCUUAGAAAUGAACGAUCUCAGGAGGUGUCUUGAUUCAACAAUAGGGAGAAUAUGAAUGCAGAUAUUUUGGUUUAUUCUCUAUUUGUAUCUAAUCUAAGUAAAAUCCUGCUUGUUUAGAGAUACAGGAAUUACAAAUCCGAAACAACACUAGCAGCAAAAGCCACUUAAAACUUACUAAAUAAACCCCAAGUUUCCCUGAAAACAGAGGACAGAUGGCUUGCUUUUAUUUAGCCCUGUCUCUGAGAGAAAACUGCUUAAGUAAAAUAAGUUUAUUUGUAAAGUUUCAAUCGCUUCACGUAACUUGUCCUUCAGGGACGGAAUGCACUUAAUUAGACCAAUUGCUGAUGAUCUGAAGUAAAUAUUCAGUUGUUAUAACAGAAACGCAGCGAUAUACAGAUAUUUUGUUAAAGCAUGAUGUCCUAAAUAAACCACCUAAAAUUCCCCAAACUUCAUGUUCUGUCUACUUGAAUUAGUGAUUGGAUUAAGUGGAAUUUUUUUUGUCAGCUCUCCACAAUAAAACGUUAAGGUCUGAUGUUUGUAACAUUCCAACAAAUCGAAUGCAGCCGCUGAUCUAAACUGCCUUGCACAUUUGGUCCAAUUUAAAAGGGCUCACUUCCACUGCUGAUUUCUGUUGAGAAGAUUUCUAAACUGAACCUUGUGUGACUCUGAGAGUGACGACCCAGGUUUUUAGACUUGGAUUUUUGACUCCCCAUUGGGCAAUGAAAGAAUCGUGCAUUGAUUCCGUCAAAUUAAAAAAAUCACACAAAACACAGAAAUGGCUUCAGUAAAGUUACAGAUCAGAGUUUUGGCGAGGACAAUUAGAUGAUAGUUAAAACAGUAAUUGCUAAUCACAUUUUUUCAGCAACUGUUUAAGUUGAGGUUCAAGGCUGCAAUAAACAGAACAGCCUGUUUUCACUUUCCAUGUAAACAAUGUCAAUGAGGGAACAUCUACACUAUGUAUGUACAUACAUAAACUAAUAUACUGUCAGCCUGUUAUAAUCCUGACGGAUGUUUUUGAUUUAAUAAAGAAAAUUUCAAAAGGA